UUAUCGCUUUUGCUUCAUGAAAGGGACAUCUUUCGAUUACCUCAGAAAGAUAUAUUAGUUGAAGAUUUUAGUUUGUGGUGUGUAAACAAUAAAAGAACUACAUUUUGAAAAUAAUCCAAUGAUGACAAUGCUGUCACUACAAUUACGGUUACUUGUCGUUGCACAACUUCUUCUUAAUAACGUGCAAGCAUGUCCAUUGCUGUGUUCAUGUAAUGGGGGAAAAGUUGAUUGUGGCGAAACUGUAUUAACAAAAGCUGAUUUAAAAAAAAUUGGACAGACUAUAUCAAAAAAUACUAAAGAACUCAUAUUUCGAUAUUAUAAAGAAGAUAUUAUGGUGCUGAAAUCAUUCCCCAUCUUAACAAAAUUAACAUCUUUUUCGAUAAAAAGCAGCAGUUUGACUGAAAUCCCUGAUGGUUUGUCUAGUAAGAUGCCAUUGCUGAGGUCCUUCAUCUCAAGACGCAACAAAAUUAGAAUUAUCCGAAAAGAUCAAUUUCUCGGUUUGAACAGUUUAGCUAAAGUAACUAUAAAACAUGGAUUGAAGGUCAUUGAAGGCGGUGCUUUCUCUCGGCUACCAAACUUGACUAGAAUAGAAGUGUCAAAUAAUAAUCUAACAGUAUUAACCUCUAGAUCAUUCUCAAAUCUCAAAAAUCUAAAAUUUCUCUAUCUUCGCCAUAACCACAUAGCAAAAAUCCAAGACUCUGCAUUUUUUAAUUUGAAAAAACUAAUUGUAUUGAACUUGUUUAAAAAUAAAAUUAAACAUCUAUCAACAAAAGCGUUUAAUGGUCUUCCAAGCCUAUCGCGUUUGAAAUUAACACACAAUCCUUUAGUGUGUGAUUGCAAAUUUUAUACGAUGCUACAAGGUCUGAAGAAUGCAAAAAGGGAUAUAAAACUUAACGGAACAUGUUACCUUCCAACACCACUCAUUACUGUGCCGAUCUGGAAAUUUACCAUCGCUAACAAAAGUCAAUGCACAAUCUGUGAUUUAACUUCUCCCUGUUUAAACAAUGCUCAAUGUGUUUCACGCAAUAGCACCCAUUUUUAUUGUAACUGCACAAAAGAGUAUUUUGGUGAGAAAUGUCAAACGAAGAUAGGUACAAUGCAAAGCAAUGGAAAGUCCAAGUUUAUAAUACCAUUAGUUGGAUCAUUUUUAGCACUACUGUGGCAAGUCACAUUUGUUUAUUUUAAAUGA